UAAAAUACUUAUAUAUUAAGUGGUGUCCAGAAGCAUAACCAGUACGGCCAAUUCCUCCGUGAGCAAGAGCGGGCCAUGGAUCGCCUCCAUCUUCUUCUGCUAGGGUUUCCUGUCUUCCUCUUCUGCUCAGAUCUCGUUAGUCUUUUCACCCCUCCUCCUACCUCUCCUUCCAGUAAGCCUCAUAUGCCACGUCAUCACCAGCCCCAAUCUCGGCCGGUUCCCCAGGUGCCUGAUUUCGCAGCCGUUCAGGGAUCUCAGGUUCGAGGAUCCGGUUAUGACAGCGUCGUCGAGCUUAAGUUUUGCGUCUCUUGUUCUUAUAGAGGAACUGCAGUAAACAUGAAGAAUAUGCUUGAAGCUUCAUUUCCUGGAAUUGAGGUUAUCCUAUCAAAUUAUCCUCCUCCUCUUCCAAAACGCAUAGCAAGCAAGGUAGUUCCUGUUGCCCAAGUGGGAUUGAUUGCUAUUAUUGUGGCCGGAGAGCAUAUUUUUCCCAGACUGGGAAUGGCACCUCCUCCAUGGUACUACUCUCUGCGUGCCAAUAGAUUUGGAGCAAUAGCCUCCACUUGGCUUCUUGGCAACUUUCUUCAAUCUUCUCUGCAGAGUUCGGGGGCUUUUGAGGUUUACUGCAAUGGCGAAUUGGUUUUCUCCAAAUUGAAGGAACAAAGAUUUCCUGGCGAAAUUGAGCUGAGACAACUGAUUGGUAACAAAUUGCCAGCUCCAGCAUUUGGGAAGAACCUCGAUGUGGUUUGGUCCUGAAUGAUCAACUCAAUGCAUUUUAUUGCGUUUCUAUUUAACGUUUAAGGCAUGAAGAUUACCCGUUGGCAGGAAGCUGCUGUUAUAUUAAAAAACAGCAAGACCAUGCUGCUAACAGUUCUAUAUAUUUUAUGUACAAAAAGCUAAGAAUUUUCUUAUGAAACUGGACUUAAAAUUCAAGCACUAGUUUUCAUCAUGAUAUUCAUCACUAUUAACUUUAUUCGAACUAUAUACCAAUUUUUUUA